GUCCCCUCAACGCUAGGCGCAUCACCAGAUUCACGCAAUAGCGCUGCUCGCCAUUGGACGCCCGGCGCGCCGCGCGCGGGUCACAGGUGCGCGACCCGUCGGCCCCUGUCUCUCUCUGCCGUGGUCGUGGCCUCGAGCUCGCGUGGUCUCUCUCCCUGAACACCUUCCCGUCACUCCUCCCUCCUUCCCGCGUCGCCUUCCUUGUCGUUUAAGAACCACCCCGUCCGCGCUUCGUCAACUUUCUGCUUUGCCUCCCUCGCUCGCAUCCGCAUUCGCGUCCCUCCCGCCUCCAGAUCUCGAUGCGGCGGUGGCCUUCCUAACACCUGAAACCAUGUCUGGCUGCGACGACGACCACGCCUCGCUCCUCAGAUCCCACGUCGCCGGGGCCGGAGCCUCGUCACCGUCGCCGUCCUGCCCCUCGCCGCGCGGGGCGGGGCACCAGCACCUCGCCGACGUCGAGGCGGACGAGGCCACCGUCACCGCCUCCCCGAGGCGCGUGGGGGGCGUGCGCGUCCUCCUGCGCCACCUCGACCGCCGCAUGUCUGCCCGCGGAUCUGGGCGUCGCCACCACCAGCACCAGUACCAGCAGGUCGAUCGCUCCGCGGCCGCCGAGCAGCUGGCCCCGACGCCGUCGCAGCACCAGAGGGACCGGGCGGCGGCGGGGGAGGAUGACGAACUCGGGGACGGGGCGCCGCCCGAGUGGGCGCUGCUGCUCAUCGGGUGCCUCCUCGGACUCGCCACCGGCAUCUGCGUCGCCGCGUUCAACCGCGGGGUUCAUGUCAUCCAUGAAUGGGCAUGGGCAGGUACUCCUAAUGAAGGUGCAGCAUGGCUCCGCCUUCAGAGGCUAGCUGAUACUUGGCACAGGAUACUGCUCAUCCCGGUGACUGGAGGUGUGGUCGUAGGAAUGAUGCAUGGGUUGCUCGAGAUAUUUGAGCAGCUGAAACUUGUGAAACCAGCGCAGGGGCAAGGCAUCAACUUCGUUGCAGCCAUCUUCCCAACCGUAAGGGCUGUCCAGGCUGCUGUUACUCUAGGGACUGGUUGCUCGUUGGGGCCUGAAGGUCCUAGUGUGGAUAUUGGCAAAUCAUGUGCAAAUGCAUGCUCGGAAAUGAUGGAGAAUAACAGGGAAAGGCGGAUUGCCCUUGUAGCUGCUGGUGCUGCUGCUGGAAUUGCUUCAGGUUUCAAUGCAGCAGUUGCUGGGUGCUUUUUUGCCAUUGAAACUGUAUUGAGGCCUCUUAAAGCAGAAAAUUCACCUCCAUUUACGACUGCCAUGAUAAUAUUAGCAUCUGUUAUAUCAUCUACUGUAUCAAAUGUUUUACUUGGAGAAAGACCAGCUUUUAUAGUGCCAGCAUAUGAGCUAAAAUCGGCUGCUGAGCUACCCCUGUACCUCAUCUUAGGAAUGCUCUGUGGAGCAGUCAGUGUGGUAUUUGACCGACUGGUAGCAUGGUUUUCAAGAUUAUUUGGGCACAUAAAGGAAAAGUUUGAUUUUCCUAUUGUAGUGUACCCUGCUUUGGGUGGGCUGGGAGCUGGCCUCAUAGCUCUGAAAUAUCCAGGGAUUUUAUACUGGGGUUUCACAAAUGUUGAAGAAAUACUGCAUACUGGGAAAAGUGCUUCUGCUCCUGGUAUCUGGUUGCUAACUCAACUCGCAGCUGCAAAGGUAGUUGCAACUGCCCUCUGCAAGGGCUCUGGCCUUGUGGGAGGGCUAUAUGCUCCAAGUCUGAUGAUCGGCGCUGCUGUUGGAGCUGUUUUCGGAGGGUCAGCUGCUUAUUUAAUAAAUUCAGCUAUACCUGGUAAUGCUGCUAUUGCACAGCCACAAGCUUAUGCUCUAGUUGGAAUGGCUGCUACACUAGCUUCAGUCUGUUCAGUUCCAUUGACUUCAGUAUUGCUUCUUUUUGAGCUGACAAAGGAUUACAGGAUUUUGCUUCCUCUCAUGGGAGCAGUUGGGUUGGCAAUAUGGGUUCCUUCUGUAGUAAACCAACCAAAUGACGGUGAGCCUUCUGGGUUCAGAACACCCAGACGUGGUUAUUCUUCAAUUUCAUCAGAAGACAGAAAUGGUAGCUUCAGGCGAGGUAAUAGUGCAGAUGAUCUUGAGCUCACUAUAUUACAAACGGGCAUUCAUAACUAUGGAACCUAUAACGAGGAAAUGCUUCUGGAUGAUUUGAAGGUCUCCCAGGCCAUGUCAAAGAUCUCUGUCAAGGUGCUACCAUCUGUCACAGUAACAGAAGCUCUCAAGCUAUUGCAUGAUAAGCAGCAAAACUGUGCCCUCGUUGUGGACUCUGAAGAUUUUCUCGAAGGAAUUAUUACAUUAGGGGAUAUUCAGCGCAUGGGAUUUGAAUUGCAUGGCGAAAGCUUCAUUGAUGGAGACCACACCAAGUCUGAUGAAAUCUCUGCUACCAUGUCUUCAUGUCUUACUCAAGGAUUCCAGUACCGGGGAAGCGAACGUGGAUUGUUAAUAUGCUUUCCAGACACUGAUUUGACCACUGCCAAAAAUCUUAUGGAGGCCAGAGGAAUAAAGCAACUGCCUGUAGUUAAGCGUGGCGUUGGCCAUAGAACUGCAGGAAAGCGCAAGCCCAUUGCUCUUCUUCAUUAUGAUUCUAUUAGUUGCUGCUUACGGGAGGAAAUCGAGAACUGGAAGACCAUAUAUCAAAGAAUGGCUUGUUAAUACUACUACUCUGCUGAUAUCCUAUAAUUAUUCAUUUGAUUGUCAAGGGAGGAAAUUGAGAACUGGAAGACCAAAUGUCAGAGAAAAGAAGACUUGCAAAUCGGCACUGGAAAAUUACAGUGCCCUAUGAUACCACAGCAGUAAGUGAUACUCCUAGUCCUGGUCAUCUAUGUGAAAUGGGAUACACUGAUACAGGGAGCAUACAUCCAGUUCAACCUGUAUAGUUUAGAAGCCAAUGUAAUAUUAUGGGAAGCUGCACGGGCAAAGCAUGAUCAAAGGCUCUGUUACUGCCAGUAAUCUUGUGGAACUCCUGCUCGUACUAGUUAUUUGUUCUUGUUACGAGUGGACUUUUACUUUACACGGGAGAGGGAUGGGGUAUCGAUGUAGAGUAGGAAGGCGAUACUUUUACUUUCGUACUGCUUGUAAGUUGUAAGCUGUGGCAGAAAUUCCAGCUUGAUCGCUUUUUUGAUUCAGUGAAGCAGCCUAUGCUCGUGUGCAAAGUGUGGUCACACGAGAAGCCUGUGCGAGAUGUGCAGCGUAAUUUUUCUAUUUUUUGGUCACGCCCAUGCUGUAACUUGUAAGUUGUAAAAUCACAUUGUUUGUAAAUAAAGCUUAUCGGAAUGUC